AUGGCCCCCCGCGACACCCGCCCCACCCUCUCCUUCACCACCCCCACCACCCUCCUAGACCCUCAGUGGUACUCAGCCGCCUCCACCACCUCCGGCCCCGGCCGCACCAUCCACACCUCGGGCCAGACCGCCCAACGCGCCGACGGCACCUGGCCAGACGCCUUCCCCGCACAGGUCGACCAGGCCCUCACUAACCUGACCGCCGCCCUCGCCGGCGCCGGCGCGCAGCUCUGCGACGUCGUGAAGUUGACUUUCUACGUCGUCGACUGGGACCUCUCGACGCACGGCCAGCCGCUCGUCGAGGCCGUGGUUGCCGCACUCACUACCGGCGGCGGCGGGAAGACGAACAAUAACAAGCCCGUCACGACGCUCGUGCCCGUCCCGCACCUCGCGUUUCCCGAAGCCAAGUUCGAAAUCGAGGCCACGGCGUGGGUCGGCGGUGCGGCGGUGCCGUGGUCGAAUGACGCCUCCUCAUCCUCUUCCUCCUCCUCCGCUUCCGCUUCCACGCACGCCGCCGCCGCCGCCGCUGCGCCGACUGCCGCUGUCGUCGACGUCGUCGUCGUCGGCGGCGGCUUCUCGGGGCUGAUGGCGGCGCACGCGACGCAGCAAGCCGGACUCACGACGGUGCUGCUCGAAGCCAAGCACCGCGUCGGCGGGCGCAGCCGCACGCAGCGCCUGCGCAGCGGGCCGGGGGCGGUCGAGAUGGGCGCGACGUGGAUCAACAAGACGACGCAGCCGACGGUGUACGGGCUGGUGCAGAGGUUCGGGCUGGAGACGGCGGAGCAGUAUACCGAGGGGUAUGCGGUUUUUGAGAUGGGGGAGGGGAGGGUGGUGAGGGCGGUGGGGGGUGAUGUGCCGGUUGGGGAGAGUGGAGCGCCGGAAGAGGUGCAGAAGCUUAUCAUGGCGAUUGAGGAGGGUGCCGGUCGUUCGGAUAUCCGGAGAUGGGACAACUUCCCGGCUGAUGAAGACGUCUCCGUCAUGGAGUGGCUGAAUAUCAAAGGCGUCGAUACUAGCAAUCCUGUCAUCCAAGCUCUGUGUAGCAAUAUGGUCAGCGGCAUCGUGGGCCGAGAGCCUCGGGAGGUUGGAGCGCAAUACUUCCUAGACUACGUCCAGUCCGGGUUUGGAUACCAGAGCCUUGUGAGCGAGGGGGAAAUGGGAGCCCAGUCUCUCAAAAUCAAGACUGGCACGUCCUCCAUCGCCACCAGCCUCGCGAGCGCCAUGCAACCCGGCACCAUCCUCCUCAACAGCCCCGUCGACGAGAUCCAGCAACUAGAGCACGACAGCCACCCAUGCCUCGUAACCACCUCAUCCGGCCAGCGCUUCCAAGCCAAAAAGGUCAUCCUGGCCAACCCGACCAACACCUACACCGCCAUCCACUUCACGCCGCCGCUGCCCCGCGCCAAGCGCGCCGUCGUCAGCCGCACCAAGCCCGGCAUCUACGCCAAGGCCCUGCUGACGUACAAAGAGGCGUGGUGGCGCGCCGCCGGCUUCUCCGGCAAGGUCAACAGCACCGUCGGCCCCAUCUGCUUCGGCUGGGACGUCUGCACCGACGGCGAGCACAACAGCCUGGCCUACUUCGUCGCCGGCGACGUCGCCGCCGCGUGGCACGAGAAGAGCGACCUGCAGCGCGAGGAGGCCAUCGUCGAGCACCUGGCUCGCCUGGUCGGGCCCGAGUUGGCUGAUCGGGCAAGGGAUGUGCUGGAGUUUAACUGUGUUGAGUGGACGAAGGAGCCGUAUAUUUGGGGCGCGCCGACGUCGGCGAUGGGGCCUGGGCUGCUGAGGGAGUAUGGUGCAAGCCUGAGGGAGCCGGCUGGGAAUAUUCAUCUUGCUGGGGGGGAGUUUGCGUUUGAGUGGAAGGGUUACUUGGAGGGGGCUCUGACCUCGGGUCAGAGGGCUGCUGACGAGGUCGUCAAGGAGCUUGUUGGGAAGGCGUAA